GUGAACAACGUUCGCGCAAUACGAAUCGCAGAGCUCAUGAAAGACUUCCACGACAUCCAAAAGCAGUUGGCCGAUGUUGCUCUCCCAUCUGCAGCCGAGACAUCAACCGAAGAAGGAUUUGCUUUGAUGCGACAAUGCAAAGCUCAAGCCAGAGCACUCCUUCGCCAGCCUUUUGAACAGAACGGCAAGCCUAGCAAGGACGAGGAGAAGAUUAAGAUGCAAUUGAAACGGUGA